AUGCAACAGAAUGCCCAACUUGAAAAUAUUGCUAGUCAAUACAAACGUAUCAAGAAGUACAAAACAUUUGGUGCAACGUGUCAGAAAGAAAAAAUAUUAAAUCCAAUCAUGGAAGCAAUUGAAGGCAUAUGCAGAAAAUGCGGUGAUCAUCUAGAAGAGUUCUGUGAACUUCAGAAGUUAAAAACAAACAGAGAACGGCUGAAAAAACAUUUGCAACAAGCAGGACAACAAACAACAAAACAUCGACAGGAUGAUGUAACAGGAGUUGCAGUCAACGACGACAUCUCUCCUAAGGAGGAUGUUGCAAAUACUGACCGGGGUGACUCAAAUGAUGAGUGCUGCAGAAGAUUGAAUGAACUUUAUUCUUUAUUCAAUGACUUGAUGGACAUGAACCAACACUUGCUCGCGUCCCUUGGGGUCAGUCACAAAAGUUUGGACGAGGUGGUCGCAGUUUGCAAGAAGUACGACGUGCAUGCAAAGUUAACAGGAGCUGGUGGCGGAGGAUGUGCGUAUGCCCUACUUGCACCUGACUGCAAAGCCGAAACAGUUGAGAAGAUGGCUGAAGAAUUGAACUGCUUUGGUUACAAAUGUUUCGAAUCUUCCAUAGGUGGCCAGGGAGUCGAUAUAUCUAUCGGACCAUUGUAG